AGAGCAAAAGAGAAACAUAUUCCACCUGCACUUGUCUACAUUCACUAAAGAGUGGUAUAUAUUCUAGUACAUUUUUGGCCUAUCUCAGGUUUGUUUGUUUUUGCCGUUGACUAAGCAUGGCAAUACUAGUACAACACCAGUACAAAAUAUAUCUGAGUACUGGUGACUUUCUGCACUCUUCUACCUCUGACAGUAUAUAUGCCACACUGAUCGGAACGGACGGGACAAGUGAGCGCACAAACUUGGCCAACUGUGUCCUAGAUGUCAUGACUGGAAAGACAGGGACCUACACUGUGACCAACCCCUCGUCUCUGGGGCAACUCCUCCUGGUUAAACUGGAGAAAGAGCAGUACCUGUUCCUGCCAGAAAACAAGUGGUUCUGCUCCAAGGUUGUCGUGACGACACCUGAGCAUGAUGUCAUCUACUUCCCCUGUUACAAAUGGGUGUCCAGAGGGGAGGUUGUGGAGCUGAGAGGAGGAAAAGCCAGGAAGGUUUUUGAGGAUGAGCUCCCUCUACUGGUGCACCAUCGUAAAAAGGAGCUGGAGCAUCACAAGAAACUGUUCCAGUGGAAUGAGUUUGCUGAGGGACUUCCCCACAUUAACAGUGCCAAAGAACUCUCAGCCCUUCCUGCUGAAGUUCUCUUUUCCUUUUCCAAAGAGGUAGAGACCAUCUACACAAGAGAAUCAGGAAUGUUUGAGCUCAAACUGAAGGGUCUUGCAGACUCCACCGAGCAGUGGAAAGACUUGGAUAAGAUGAAAAAAGUAUUCUGGUUCAGAAAGACACCCAUCUCAGAAUAUGUCUCUGAGCACUGGAAGGAGGAUGACUUUUUUGGGUCCCAGUUUCUGAAUGGAACCAACCCCAAUGUGAUCCAGCGCUGCACAACGCUUCCCCCCAACUUCCCUGUCACAGACGAGAUGGUACAGCCCUUCCUGGAGGACGGGAGUUCCCUGGCGACGGAGAUGAAGAAAGGAAACAUAUUUAUUUGCGACUAUAAGAGGCUUGAGGGUGUGCCAACCCGGGUGGUAAACGGUGAACCACUGCCUCUCACUGCUGCUCUCUGCCUGUUCUACAAUAACCCAGAGGACAAUCUGACACCUAUCGCCAUCCAGCUGGAGCAGCAGCCCUCUCAGCAGAACCCCAUAUAUCUGCCUAGCGACUCUGAGCACGACUGGCUGCUAGCCAAGAUGUUUGUGAGGAACGCAGAUUUCAUUGAACACCAGAAUAGCUAUAAUCUGCUGGGCACUCAUUUACUGGCUGAAGCCUUUGCUAUGGCAACCCUCCGGAGCCUUCCUAUCAUGCACCCUCUCCACAAGUUGCUGAUUCCCCACUUCCGUUAUACCUUGCCGGUAAAUACCAUUAGCCGUGAAAUACUUUUUGGACCUGAAGAAGGCUUAACUAAGGACACCACUUUAGGACUGGAGGGGUUGAAGGAACUCUUGAAAAGGGCACACUCAGAAAUCACCUACAGCUCCCUCUGUCUGCCGGAGAACAUUGUUGCACGAGGACUGGAGUCCAUCCCCAACUUCUACUACAGGGAGGACGGCCUGAAGCUGUGGAACAUCAUCAACAGCUUUGUCCAGGGGAUGGUGGAGCACUUCUACUCCUCUGACAGUGAAGUGUCCAGGGACUCUGAGCUUCAGGACUGGAUCCACGAGAUCUUCAUCCAUGGGUUCCUUGGAAACGGAAAGUCAGGAAUCCCUCAACGUUUUGACACAGUGAAGGAAGUCAUCAAAUUCAUCACCAUGGUGAUCUUCACUGUGUCAGCACAACAUUCUGCUGUCAGCAUGGGACAAUUUGACUACUGCAGCUGGGUACCCAACAGCCCCAUAUUUCUAUGCAAAGCUCCUCCCACCACUAAGGGGUGCUCUAGCAUGAGCACCAUUUUUGAGACACUGCCAGAUGUCGGCUCAACAGUGAGGGGAAUGGCUUCCACAUGGCUGCUCAGCAAGAAAUACUCAGACUUUAUCCCCCUUGGCUCAUACCCAAAUCAAUACUUUGACGAGACUGAUGGAUACUUUGACGUGACCAAGCAGAUGAUGAAGCACUUUCAGGCUGAGUUAUCCUACCUCAGUGAGUCAAUCACUGAGAGGAAUUCCAUAUUUACACCACCUUAUAACUACCUGAACCCUGCCGAGAUGGAGAAUAGUGUAUCUAUGUGAGCCGGUUCAUGUUACCAUAAUGACUGAGCAUGCAAAGUUGCUCGCAAGCCCUGUAGUACAGGGCAUAGUAGUGUGUCCAAGGAAUACAGUAUACCCUGCUGCCAAUAACCAGAGUUAUGCAAAUCUGUUACUAAUUAUGAGCAUCAAAGUGAACAUUUUAUGUAACCUUUGGAAAGAUGGAGAAUGUAAAUAUACUCCAUCUCAUCUUCUUUGGUCUCAAUAACCAUGUUUUAUUGCACUUGCUCUCAAGUUAACAGGUGGUAGUGAGCAGCUUUAUGUACUUUUAAUGAUCAAAUAAAUUAAUGUUUGUCUGAUUCACUGAGAAGCUCUAUGGUGCUGAUAAAAAUAUAUCAAAGAGCUAGACAAACACAAGGAAGAUCAUGAAAGGUGUUAUUGAAGAUUCAUUUUAUUAAACAGCAACAAAAUCA